CGUCUUUUUGAACCGUUAGCAAACAGCGGCCGCGGAGUGCAAUAAAACUAAGUAAGCUGUGCGUGUUUUAAAGUUCUACUCGCAGCGCUCGGCAAUUAAAAGUGAAAAAGUGGGAGUGCGCCCACAAGGUCACCGACAGCAGUCGUUUCACUUAGAUUGUUUACGCAAUAUACAGCCAACAAAAUUUUACGGAGACCGACAUAAUAACCAUUAAAGCAAUUACAACAAUUAUAAACAACAAUAUCGAAAUGAGCAAUACAAAACGCAUGAACUUGAACAACAAAUUUAAGCAUGCUUGAUCCAAUAUUCAGGCAUCCAGGUCUUAAUAGUGUCUACGAGAAAAGCCCCAAAAGCAAAAGCAAAAGCAACAGCACCAACAACAGCAACAUCUGCAUUUUCCCUCAUUCAGCAUCAACUAUACGCAGCGACAAGUAUUUCUGCUCCAGCGUUUUUCAUCUGGCCGCGUUUUCCGGCUCUUCUAAGUGUUUUCCCAGACCAUCAUCAACUAUUCCGCUCCGCUCCGUCGCCUUCGUCACCUCGAGCCACACAUGUUGGGUAAAUUCACAUCGAACCAUGUCCAGGUCUACCACCAGUACUCGCGACCUGUGCCCGUAAAGAAGCCCGUCAAGCACCAGCCGCGUAGUUGGAUCGAGACAAAUUUCCAGAAGCGCGAGUGCAUCAAAUUCAUACCAUGCCCAAAGGACGAUACAAAGUGCUGCUGCGGCCAGGCCCAGAUCACGCAUCAGACGAUACCUGGCAUCGAGAGUGGGUCGCCCGGAGACCUCUGGCUGCCCACGAAGCACACCCGCCCGCAGCCCACAGAUGCCUAUGGAACCAUCGAGUUCCAGGGCGGCGCACAUCCCACAAAGGCACAGUACGUUCGCCUGUCGUUCGACACGCGGCCGGAACUCCUGGUGCAGCUAUUCACCAAGGAAUGGAAUCUGGAAUUGCCAAAACUUUUGAUCACCGUGCAGGGCGGCAAGGCCAACUUUGAUUUGCAGGCCAAGCUGAAAAAGGAGAUACGCAAAGGACUGCUGAAGGCGGCCAAGACCACUGGAGCCUGGAUAUUCACCGGCGGCACAAACACCGGCGUCACCAAGCAGGUGGGCGAUGCCCUGCUCCUGGAGGGUCAGCAGCGGACAGGACGAGUGGUCAGCAUCGGCAUCGCCCCCUGGGGCAUCGUGGAGCGCAAUCACGAGCUGCUGGGCCACAACCGCGAAGUGCCCUGCCACAGCAUUAGUUCGCCCAGAUCCAAGCUGGCGGUGCUGAACAAUCGGCAUGCGUACUUUCUGCUGGUGGACAAUGGCACCCAGGCGAAGUAUGGCGCCGAACUGAUCCUGCGUCGCAAACUGGAGAAGUUUAUAUCCAACCUGAAGCUGCACCCAUCAAAGAAUCACUGGCUAAAAACAAACGUCACACAUUCCAGUACGCCCGUCGUCUGCCUGGUGAUCGAGGGCGGCACCAACACGAUACGUGCGGUGCUCGAGUACGUGACGGAUUCGCCGCCGGUUCCGGUGGUCGUAUGUGACGGAUCCGGGCGUGCCGCCGACCUGCUGGCCUUCGUCCACAAAUACGCUUCGGAUGGCGAGGAGCAGCCGGUGCUGGAGUCCAUGCGGGACUAUCUCAUCGGGACCAUACAGAAGACCUUCGAGGUGGGCCUGGACCAGUCCGAGAAGCUCUACCAGGAGCUGCUGCAGUGCACGCGAAACAAGAAUCUGAUUACCGUAUUUCGCAUACAGGAAAAGCCCGAGGGCGAGGCGCAGGAACUGGAUCAGACCAUCCUAACGGCCCUCUUCAAGUCGCAGCAUCUGAGUCCGCCGGAGCAAUUGAGUCUCGCCCUGACGUGGAACCGGGUGGACAUAGCGCGCAGCGAGAUAUUCGUCUACGGCCAGGAAUGGCCAAAUGGCGCCCUGGACGAGGCCAUGAUGCAGGCGCUGGAGCACGAUAGAAUCGAUUUUGUCAAAUUACUCCUGGAGAAUGGCGUUUCGAUGAAGAAAUUUUUGACAAUACCGCGCCUCGAGGAGCUCUACAAUACCAAACACGGUCCGGCCAACACGCUGGGCUACAUCCUGCGCGAUGUCCGACCGCACAUACCCAAGGGCUACAUUUACACGCUCCACGACAUCGGCCUGGUGAUCAAUAAACUAAUGGGCGGCGCAUAUCGAUCCUAUUACACGCGCCGCAAAUUCCGGCCCAUCUACGCCAAGGUUAUGAACAGCUAUGCAAAUGCCUGCCGCAAGUCGUCCACCUACCAAUAUCAGCGUUAUGCCGGAGCCAAUUCGCUGAGCCUGGUCACCGGCCUGCUGCCCUUCACCUCGGAAAUGGCCCUCUUCGAGUUUCCAUUCAAUGAGUUGCUGAUUUGGGCCGUGCUGACCAAGCGACAGCAGAUGGCGCUGCUCAUGUGGACACAUGGCGAGGAGGCAUUGGCCAAGUCACUCGUAUCCUGCAAACUGUACAAGGCCAUGGCUCACGAAGCGGCCGAGGAUGACUUAGACACGGAAAUCUACGAGGAGUUGCGCUCCUACGCCAAAGAGUUCGAGAGCAAAGGCAACAAGCUGCUGGACUUCAGUUACCGACAGGAUGCGGAGAAGGCGCAAAGACUGCUGACCUGCGAGCUGCACUCCUGGUCAAAUCAGAGCUGCCUUUCGCUGGCUGUGGCGGCCAACCAUCGUGCCCUCCUCGCUCAUCCCUGUAGCCAGGUGAUCCUGGCGGAUCUGUGGAUGGGUGGACUGCGAACCCGCAAGAAUACCAACUUCAAGGUCAUCUUGGGCUUGGCGAUGCCAUUGUACAUCAGGCAGCUUGACUUCAAGUCGAAGGAGGAGCUGCAGCAGAUGCCGCAGACAGAGGAGGAGCAUCUGGAGAACCAGAACCUGGACAAUGACGACUCGGAUCGUUCGCAGCCGGAUGCCGAGGCUCUAUUGGCGGACUCUUACUCAGUGCGCGAUACAAAAGUACACGAAAAUGGCAAAGUUAAUCUCACUGCUGGAGCGGAAGAACAGCCCUCCAAAGUCUCACUCACCGACUCAGAUCCCGCCCAAUUUCGAGAGUUCUUCAAUCUUUCCGAGUACAAUGAGGUGAAACAGCACCAGCCGCUGCGCCUGAAAAAGAAGUUCUACGAGUUCUACACGGCACCCAUCACCAAGUUCUGGGCGGAUUCGAUUGCCUAUAUGUUCUUUCUCAUCAUGUUCUCAUUCACUGUGCUGGUGAAGAUGGAGAAUAUGCCGCGGUGGCAGGAGUGGUACUCAAUAGCAUAUAUCACAACGCUGGGCUUCGAAAAGGUGCGCGAAAUAAUAUCCUCCGAACCGGUGGCCAUUACGCAUAAGUUCUCGGUGUGGGCGUGGAAUAUGUGGAAUCCGUGCGACGGAGCAGCCAUUAUACUCUUUGUCAUCGGUUUGGCAUUUCGAUUCCGGCCGAAUACGAUGGAUAUUGGACGAGUUAUCUACUGUGUGGACAGCAUAUACUGGUACCUGCGAAUACUGAACAUUCUUGGCGUGAAUAAAUAUCUGGGACCCCUGGUCACUAUGAUGGGUAAAAUGGUGAAAAACAUGAUUUACUUCGUGGUCCUUUUGGCUGUCGUGUUGAUGAGCUUUGGUGUCAGCAGACAAGCGAUUCUCUUCCCCGAUAAACAACCCACCUGGAGUCUCAUCAAGGAGGUCAUCUUCCAGCCCUACUUCAUGCUGUACGGCGAGGUGUUCGCCGGCGAUAUCGACCCUCCCUGCGGCGAGGAUCCCAGCCAGCCGGGCUGCGUCACUGGCCAUUGGGUAACGCCGAUAACCAUGUCCAUGUACCUCUUGAUUGCCAAUAUUCUGCUGAUAAAUCUGCUCAUCGCCGUGUUCAACAAUAUCUUCAACGAGGUCAACUCGGUUUCGCAUCAGGUGUGGAUGUUCCAGCGGUUCACCGUGGUGAUGGAGUACCAGCAGAAGCCCGUCCUGCCGCCGCCCUUCAUCGCGCUGUGCCACUUCUACUCGCUGCUCAAGUACUGUGUGCGGAAGGCGAAAGGAUUGGAGGUGCAGCGGGACAAUGGUCUCAAACUGUUCCUGGAAAAGGACGACCUGGAGCGGCUGUACGACUUCGAGGAGGAGUGCGUCGAGGGCUUCUUCCACGAACAGGAAAUCAUCCUCAAUCAGUCGACGGACGAGCGGGUGAAGAACACCACGGAGCGAGUGGAGACCAUGUCUCAGAAAAUCGAGGACAUCAAUCAGAAGGAAAACAUACAAACGGCCACCGUUCAGAACAUCGAGUUCCGAUUGCGAAAGAUGGAGGAAUCCUCGGAGCAGAUACUCUCGCAUUUGGCCGUCAUACAUCGCUUCAUGUCGACACACACGGCUGGUGCGGAUGAUUUGCGCGGCUCGACGAUUAACAUUCCCGGAGAGAUGCAGCGCAUGCGCACCAUCUCCAUUUCGGACACGGAGGGCGGCGGAGGAAAUGGUGCUGGUGGUGGCAGUGGUGGUGGUGGUGGUGGUGUUGGAGGAGCCAUCGUUCCACUUGGUCUGGGUGCCGGUCUGAAUUUGAAUUCGCUCCAGGUCACAACCCGGCGCCGCUUUAACCGUUCGCUGACCGAGGUCCGCCCUGAUGCCUACAUCUUCGAUGAGGGCACGCACUUUGAGGUGGUGCCUCUGCCGGAGGAACCGGACGAAGUGGUCAAGUCCCGCGAGGCCCUCAACGAGCAGGUGGUCCGCAAGGCGUCGAUGCAGUCGGAGGUGGACUCGGACAUCUACAUUCCAGUGUCGCAGCGUCCAUCGACCUGUGAGACGGUUAAACGGACUCCAUACGUGACGGUGCGCCAGGAUACGGGUGCCAGCACGGAGAGCAAGGACACUCUGACGCCCAUGGGCAACAACGACGAUGACCAAACGCUCGUCGGAGGCGACAACUCUGAUGAUGCGACGCCAGACAUCAACUUUGAGGCUGCCAGACAUCGAGCACUGCGACAGCGCACGGUAUCCCUGUGUCGCCGCAACUCGGAAACGUACUCCUUAACCGGAGCGGACAUAAACCGGUCGCACAUCAGCCUCAACCAGUUGGCCUCGUUGUCCCGCCGCCAGAUGAGCCUCACUCAAUCGGAACCGGACAGCGACAAGGAUACGCCCGUGGGCCAGGGAUCCGCACAUCCGGGUAAAUCAGUAUUGCAUGCGAAACCCUCCAGAAAUAUCUUGCUGAAACUGCACAGCGAGUACACCUCGAUCACGGACGAGCUGGAGAGCGUCUGCCACAUGAUUGCAUCGCCCACGGUAUCCCUGCCAAGUAACAAAGCUUCUUUGGACCGGCCCAAAACAGAAAUGUCGCGGGCUGAAGCUGCGGCUUUGCUGGAGAAGAAGCAUCUGAAGGAGUGCGAAGAGAACGACUACAUGAUCCUAGAGGGACUGAUCGAGUCCCGCGGCUCAAUAGAUGCCAGCGCCCAGGGAUUCGAGAUUGGCGUAUCCAUAGACUACAGCCAUCGCUACCCGCUGCGCCGAGAGACCGCCGUGGAGCUGUCACCUUCGAAGCCCUCGGUGGAUGGUGACCUGAUGGGCGGUGGUGGAGGUGGCGGUGCCGGCGGAGGCGAUAGUAGCGAUACCAGCGGGGCCGGUAGCUGCGGUGCCAUGGCCGGUAUCUCGAGCGGCUUUCAAUUGAAGAACGAGCGACCCUGGCAGCGCAACUCCUCGAUGGAGCAGCAAACGUAUCCCUCACCGUUGGUGCCCACACGGGCCACCAGUGACUUCCUUAAUCCGCCGUACGAGGGUCGGCUGUUCAAGAAGUCCAGUGAGAGUCUGCAGAAGAACUCCAGCACGGAAACGGACUACUCGGCGCAUCCGUACCGCUUUAUCAAGCAGAGCUCCAACGAGACAAACACUUCGCUGACGGGCUCCUAUAAUGUGGACACACCCUCGCUGACGGCGGAGCCCUCGUUGGACGCCGGCGACUCGCACUCGGCGACGGGAAUUAGCAUUAGCGUUGGCGCUGUGGGCGGCACUGCCACGGCGCGUUACCAGCCCAUCCGUACCGCCUCGGUAGGCGCUGCCGAUGGCAGGCGUUUGCGAGAGGAGAGCUCUAGUUCGCUGGAUCUCAGCUCGUCGGGGCCAGUGACGAUGCAGGCAGCGCCGGCACCGCCAGUGCGUCCGAUGCUGCUAAAGAAACAGUUUAGCGUCGACCAGGGCAAGCCGUCUCAGCCGUCUCAGCCGUCCGCCGAGGCUGUGCCUCAGACACCGGAGGCGGCCCAGGCUGGUCAGGCCAAACUGAUUUCCACGCUCAAGCCGCAGCCCUUUGCGAGCAAGCUGGGCAUGAAUGUGCUGAAGGAGAGCAGCUCCAGCACGGACGAGUCCGUCGGCUCGUCAGCCAAGAGCAGCAAUCCAGCGCUAUCCAUACCCCAGAUCAGCACCCACCUGGUGCAGGACGAGAUCGCCAAACUAUCGUCGAACAUCAAGAGCAGCACCGAAUCGGAAAAGGAUCCGCCGUUCAACGAGACAAUGUGUUAGCAAAGUGGUAGGUCUAGGCCCAUGAAACGUGUGUGUCACACACUGCGCUCAAUGGGGAAACUAGUCAUAGCAGUGGGGUGAUAAGUAAGUUGAUGAACUAGCGUUGGGAUCUGGGAAACAGAUAUCAGAGAUUAUGCAUAUUUAUUCGAGGGGUCGCCAGUUAAGUACGUGUUAAUGAUUUUGACAAUACAUAGUUCACAAGUUCUCUGUAUUUUUAUACAAGUAUUUAUUUAGAAAGCCUCAUUGUUAUUGUACACUAUUAGGGCAGUCGCAUAGAAUAUCUGUUUUAGUUUGAUGUCAAUACAAUAGGUACCACCAAAAAAUAUGCAUAUUGAAACGCCUGCGUUAUGCGGUGCACAUAUUCACAUACUCGGUACUUUUACAAACUCCUAGGUGUAGUCAGCCAUACAUAUUGCAACGUUGCAAGCAACUUUCACACAGACAUAUCUAAAAGCAACCACUCUACUUUAUCCAAGCCUAUCAUGAGCACUUACCUCAGCUCAAUUAGAAACCUAUCGCAGCAUAUGUAUGUACUUAUACCUGUCCCUGUCGAAGUUCCUCACUACGAUAUGUACUGGUUGGCAAUGUGUGUUAUCAUAUGUGUACGAGUAUAACGUCUUCUUAGAUAGUACAUUUUACUUGCUUAUCUGGGGGAAAUUCGUGUGUUUUGUGUGCAACUGCCUUUUUCGGCGGCAUAGAUACUAUUGUAUAUACAUAGACUAAAUGUUAUAGGUAUGUUAAAAGAUCGCUAAAAUUGUUCAUGUUUGGCCAGUGUGUGCUAGUAAUUUAGAUUAGAUUUUUAAAUAUUUUCAAGGAUUAAGAAUAACAAUGCAUUUUAAUAAAAUAUUUAUGAUUGUACUUAUUUAUGUUAAGAAUUGUACGUUAUUUUUAUUGAAAUAAAUUAUUAACAAUUUAAAAUUGGAAA